GAGCCGGGGCGACCUGGGGGGUAGUCUGCUCACCGUGAAAGGAUGGGCCAGGCUGGGAGAGGGAAGGGGCUGGGACUAGGUUCAGGUGGGAAGGGUCGGCAUUAACGCCUAGAGUUGCAGAUUCGUUUGGGCUCAGAGAGGUAAAUGCUGAAGAGAAACCAGAGUGUUUUUUUCUCCGCCAAGGGAGCGUGGAGAUGGGGCGGGUUAACGGAAUUCCGCGCCGCCUCGGGCUUCCAGGGUUGGGUUUGAAACUGAUCUCUCCGGGUCCUCUCCGUCUCUGAUUUAGGACGGCUAGGUUUGGUACCAGGCAGGGCUGGGCUCCGAAAGCCAACUCCGUUCCUCGGCUUCAAGUGUGUUGUGGCCUCACCUUUGGUAGUUCACGUGCUGAGCCCCGUUGGUCUUGGAGGGCAAGCUCAAAUGGGUAUAAGGCUCCUCUUCGAACAGCUUCUUCUCUGAGUUUCCCCUUUUUGCACACGGGAAUGUGCAUUAGGCUUAAUUGCGUAUCUUUCGCUAUUCCCAUGGCUAACUUUACACGUCCAUUGCUCUGUAACUGGGUCCAUAUUGGGCUAGUAAUUCACAUUCGCGCUUCUGGGGUAUCACAGGCUCACAGAAGUGAUGAAAAAGGGGCGUCAGAAGAAAGAUGCUGGAGGUGAAGUGGAAUAGAAGAGGGGAAGACUGGAAAGCCAGGCUGGUCUCACCGUGCAGUGAGCUUUAGGUCAUAGUGCUACCUUUAGGUCAUGCUGAGCUGUUUGGGCUUUCCUCUAAUCAGGCUGUGUAGUAAAUAGAUGCUUUUAAGCUGAGCAGUGACAGACUAAGACUUGUUUGGCAGUGAUGUGGCGUGGGGACGGAAUGGAAGGAGAGAGGCUUCUAAGAACUGUGCGCAGGAUUUGGCGACUUUUUACUGCGUGAAGAGGGAAGAGAAAGAAAAGAACCACUCAGAUUUUCUAGUAUGUGUGUUUGGAAGCAUGGAGAUGCCGAACUCUGGAUGACAUAACAAGAAGGACGAGCAGGGUUCAUUGAAAAAUCCUUAGUGAUAUUGACAUGUUUCAAGUGGCAUAAAUUAGCCCAUGACUCGGAAUGAUGGAUUCCCCGAAGAUUGGAAAUGGUUUGCCAGUGAUUGGACCAGGGACUGAUAUAGGGAUAUCUUCACUCCACGUGGUGGGGUAUUUGGGAAAAAAUUAUGAUUCAGCUAACGUCCCGUCAGAUGGGUAUUGCCCUGCUUGUAGAGAGAAGGGAAAGUUGAAAGCCUUAAAGACUUACCGAAUUAGUUUUCAAGAGUCUGUCUUUCUGUGUGAGGAUCUACAGUGCAUAUAUCCUUUGGGCUCUAAAUCGCUUAAUAACUUAAUUUCUCCUGAUUUGGAAGAUUGUCACACUACAAAUAAGCCUCAAAAAAGAAAGCUCUUGGAAACCAACUAUAAAGAUUCCCCUGUUGUAGCAUGUUCCAAAAAGACUAAAAGUCGUGUUGUUAUUGAUGGUGAACAAGUUUUGAACAGCAAACAGAAUGAAGCAGCAUGUGAUGAAACGUCAUCAGACUUACCUGAUGUGCUACACAGUGGUCAGCAGAAGCCAGGUAGGACAGCUGAUUCCUUGGAACAGGGUGAGAUUUUGGAAGCUAAUAUUGUUGAUGUGGCUGCUGAAGAAGAUCCUGCUACAAUUGAUGUUUCCAGAACUGGAGGGACUUCCCCUCAAAAUGAAGGAUGCACAUCUGGACUGGAAAUGCCGUUGGAGAACAGAUGUACAUCACUUUGUCAGACUUUGUGUGUCCAGUGGAAAAAUGCUUAUGCUCUCUGUUGGUUAGACUGUAUCCUCUCGGCAUUGGUGCACUUGGAAGGGUUAAAAAACACUGUGACUGACCUCUGCUCUAAAGAGGAAUCUGUGUUCUGUCGAUUAUUUACAAAGUAUGAUCAAGCCAAUAAGCUGCUCCACACCAGUCAAUUGGAUGGAGUUGAAGAUGGAGAUUGUAAAAAACUUACUUCCGAAAUAUUUGCAAAGAUAGAGACCUGUCUGAAUGAAGUCAGAGAUGAAAUUUUUAUUAGGCUUCAGCCUCAGCUUAGAUGCACAUUAGGUGACAUGGAAAGCCCCGUGUUUGCAUUUCCUCUGCUCUUAAAAAUUGAACCACACAUUGAAAAGCUCUUCACGUAUUCUUUUUCUUGGAACUUUGAAUGUUCACAGUGUGGACACAAGUAUCAAAACAGAUGUAUGAAGAAUCUGGUUACCUUUACAAAUGUCAUCCCUGAGUGGCACCCACUUAAUGCUGCCCAUUUUGGUCCAUGUAACAGUUGCAACAAUAAGUCACAGAUAAGGAAAAUGGUACUGGAAAAGUUUUGGUGUUUCACAUAUUACCUGUCCUGUCUGACAAAAGCAGUUUGGGCCCUUGAUGCCAAAGAAAAUUCUAAAAGAGUGUCUCCCAUCUUCAUGGUGCACUUUGUAGAAGGCUUACCACGUGAUGACUUGCAGCACUAUUCAUUUCACUUUGAAGGCUGUCUUUACCAGAUAACUUCUGUAAUUCAGUACCAAGCAAAUAAUCAUUUUAUAACAUGGAUUUUAGAUGCUGAUGGAAGUUGGCUGGAAUGUGAUGACUUAAAAGGUUCAUGUUCUGAAAGGCAUGAGAAAUUUGAAGUUUCUGUUUCAGAGAUACAUAUUGUUAUUUGGGAAAGGAAAACAUCUCAAGUGACAAAUAAAGCAUCUGCCUGCCCUGCACUUAAAAAGGCUAAUGAUGAGCACGCUGUCGGUGAUGAGAAACAAGCAUCUCCAGCAUUGUGUUCUCUGGGCCAUGCCGCCUCAGCUGAAACAUCCUCAGGAACUCACCCUACAAAUAUGUCAGUUGCUCUUAAUACUCUUGCACAAGAUGAAGCUGUAGCUCAUGAAAAUAAUUUACUUUCAGGUCCAGAAGAUUUGGUUGACAAUAUUUUACCUUUGACACUUGAAGAAAUACAGGUUAACCCUGAAGGUUUCCUGUUAGAAGAUAAACCUGUGGCAGAAAAUGCAGGAGUUAUCAAAACAAACACUUUGCAAUCGCAAGAGUCACUAACAGCUUCUUUAGUAUCAGCUCCAUGUAAGGAGAAGCUUACCCAAGACCAAUUUGUGGAUUUAAGCUUUCCAUCUCAAUUUGUAAAUACAAACGUGCAAUUAGUACAGCUGAAUACAGAAGAUACUGUAAUUACUAAGUCUGUGAAUAAUGUUCAUGCUACUGAUGCUAUGCAGGAAGUAAAGUCAGUAGAAUUUGAGGGUACAGUUGUCCUAGAGAAGGAUGCUCCAUUAAAACAAUUCCUUUCACCAAAAACUGAGAAAUUAAAACCAGAACAACUUGUUACAUCUCAGGUAUCUAAUUUGAAGAAAGAGGAAACUGCAGCAUUUUCUCAAACCAUAACAGCUAAGUCAUUACAGAGUCCAUCUCUGAAAGAAAAUCAGAAGAAACCAUUUGUGGGAAGUUGGGUGAAAGGUUUAUUAAGUAAGGGUGCUUCUUUUAUGCCACCCUGUGUUUCAGCUCAUAAUAGAAACACUAUAACUGAUUUGCAGCCUUCAGUUAAGGGGGCAAGUAAUUUUGGUGGCUUUAAAACUAAAGGUAUAAAGCAAAAGGCUAACCGGACAUCCAAGAAAGCUCAUAAAUGUUCAAGUAAGCCGCCUCCAGUUAGUAACCCUCCACCAAGUCUUCCUUCAGGUAGCCCAGCUUCUCAGCUGCAUGCAAGUGUUACUGCACAUUCGGAAGUUUUGAAGAAAUGUGAAAACACCUCAUCUGGAGCUCACCUCAACCACAGUUCUCAUGGAAGUGAAGGUGGUGUUUCUUCGGCAAACCAUGGAGACUUAGUGGAGGGUCAGAUUCAUAAACUUCGUCUAAAACUUCUUAAAAAACUUAAGGCGAAAAAGAAGAAACUAGCUGCUCUAAUGUCUUCCCCUCAAAAUGGAACACAUCCAAGUGAAAAUUUAGAACAUGGGUCCCAUUGCGGGUCUCCAAAUGACUGUGGAUCAAUAGAAGACUUGUUAAAAGAACUACAGGAUCAAAUUGAUAUUGCCGAUAAUAAAUCUGGGGGCACCACAGCUCCUAGUAUUUCCUCGUACAGCAGUCAGACUCAUGAAGAAAUUUUAGCAGAGUUAUUGUCUCCAACAACUAUUGUUUCAGCAGAGCUCUCGGAAAAUGGGGAGGCUGACUUUAGGUAUUUAGAAAUGGGAGACAACCAUAUCCCAGCACCAGUGCCUAGUGACUUAAAUGAUACCCCCCAAAAUGCACAUUUGAGACAGGACCAUAACUAUUGCAGCCCCACCAAGAAAACUCAGAGUGAAGUUCAGCCAGACUCAUUCAUAAAUAAUGCUGGCGUUAGAACAUUGAACUUGGAAAGUUCCAUGAAGACUGAUAUUUUUGAUGAGUUUUUUUCUACUUCAGCAUUAAAUUCUUUAGCAAAUGACACGUUAGACUUACCUCAUUUUGAUGAAUAUCUUUUUGAGAGUUGUUGAAUGCUUAUUAACUCUUUAUUUUAAUAUUUAUUAUUGCUCUUGGAAAAACUUACUAUGUUUCAGGUAGUGUUUAUGCACUGGCCUUGUCAUGAACAAAAUAUAAGCUACUGAAGGUUUUACCUUGGUUCUGACCAUAAAAUAUGUAAUCUGUUUUACAAAUUAAAAUGAUCAGGAAUUUGUUCUCCUUGUUGGUUUUAUUUUGUACUUGUAGGAGAAUGAGGAUUUCAAAAUGUUAAAAAUGAAAAGUAGUGUCUACUUUCUGGCGAUUUGUACAGUUGGGUACAUUAAAGUUAUACAUUUUAAAUUUUGGUUACAUUGGUUGAGGAAAAACACUAGUUUAUACAAACUUGGGUCACUAUGUAUGGUAUACGAAUGCAUGACUGUUUUGCUAUGGUUCUGUGGUCAUAUAAUAGCCUAGGCAUGUUUCUUAUACCAGUAGAGUGCUGUGGAAUGUAAACUUUCUCCAUACGACUUGUCUCCUUUUUCUCUUCUUACAAAAGAUGGCAGGAAAGCUUGUAACUAUAGAAGUUUAAGUAACGUUAAAUGAUCAAUAAAUGAUCUGUAACAGGAAAAAGUAA